GUUAUCAUUUGUACAAGUGACAGAUCCGUUGAUGGGGACGAAACGACAACAAAACUCGGUGGAAGAUGUGCAGUCGUAAUGGAACCUUGUUCAUAUUGGUGUUAUUUCUGAUGUUAUUCUACGACAGCACGUCGUUGGAAUGUACACAAUUGGGGCCUUGUAUCUGCCGUUUGCCGAACGGCUAUUAUUAUAAUUUGACCAGCCUUGCUGAUAAAGAGAUACUUGAAGAUGAGAAAUUCAACUUGAGAGUUUAUUUCCAGCCAUGCAAGGAUAUAUCAAUUUUUAUUAAUGAGAGUGAUGUAUGUUCCAGUGGAAGUGGAGUUUCGCUUUGUAUGUACAAUAUGACUAGUAAUAUAACAACAAAUCUUGGAACAAUUCGUGAUACUCAAAUGAAGUUACUAAACAGUGGCAAUAAUGAAUUUCCAGUGUUUGAAAUUCACCACAAUAAUGUUACAUCAAUCAUAAAUAUUUUAUGUGUCACCGAUAGUGACAUAAAUUUUACAAUAGGUAAAAUUUCUCACGAUACUGAAAAAUAUUAUUUUAAUCUGGUGUCACCAUAUGGAUGUAAAAAGGAGCCACAAUACAGAGGUUUGUCUACUGGCUCUGUUUUGGUUAUCUUGUUCUUCACUUUUGCUGGAAUGUAUCUGAUUGCUGGUGCUAUAAUAUUGAAGACACUGAGAGGAGCAACAGGUUGGGAAAUGCUACCGAAUCAUGACUUCUGGUGCGAGCUUCCUUCGUUAGUCAGGGAUGGCGUCGUCUUCACCUUCAAUUGUUGUCGGGCAAACAGUUACGAGAGAAUAUAAGAUCUUUAUCGUCAUUUAAUAUUUAUUAAAUGCACGAUCUUGUUAAAUUUUAGUACGUUAUAGAUAAUAGACAUUUGUAUUCUGAAUAUUUUUUUUACUUUCGUUUUCGUUCAUUUCUUGUAUCAUUACGUAAUAUUUCUAUUUAUGUCUUCUUGUAUUUAUACUGCGGUUGAUAAGAUAGGUAUUCUUCUGUGAAGCAGUGUAUCUUAAUUUUUUAAAUUGCCCGUAAUCAAUUUAUUGGUUAUCAAUUUCCAUAUCAUCUUAUUAGUAGCUUUUGCUUUUUUAGUUCCUUUUUUUUGUUAGCACAGUUUAGAGAAAAGCACAAUAUUGUACAUAUAUAUGCAUAUAUUCAAAUAUUGUGAUAUUCUAUUGCGCUAUUGCCACGUGCCAAUGUUGUGUUUUUAAGUCCUUAGAAGCAUAUAGAGAUGUUUUAAUUUAAUUAUAUGCAAAUUUGCUCUAACGUUGCAAACCAAACAUUCGAUUGCAAGGAAACAUGACUGUAAGACCAAAGAACUCGAUGAUUCUCUCGGAUACUACGUUUGUCCGCCGGUAAACAGGAAACGAUGGUGAAAAUGAUCAUUAAUAAUUCCAAACCGAUGUAACUGAUAUGUGUAUUAUCAUGUUUGUAAGAUUACAUAUAUUUCGACAUCGGAAGAGCCUCUACGCUGGAGAAUCGGCCAUUUUCACGAAUAUACUAUUUUUCGAUGAGCUACAAAUAUUAUAUUUUUUAUAACUUUUUAAUCAACUUACGAGGCACUUACGAGGCGAGAUUCGACUCUUUCUAUGACUAGAAUAGUUGUUCCCUUUUGUACAGGAGAGAGACUCUUCGUUUGUAGACAUAGGAGCUUAUGGAAUGGGCUCUUCCGGUGUAGGUAACACAAAUUGAAUUGGAACCAG